AUGCCCGGGACGGUGCUGCUGCUCUGCCUGGCCCUCGGGCCGGCCCUGCGCCCCGCCAGGUGUGAGAGCACAGAGGAGUAUGAUUACGAUUACCUCAGCAUCAAUAAAACCUGGGUCCUCACCCCCAAGACACAGGAGACUGAUGCCACGCAGAUCCUCAACUCACUGCUGAAGAACUACGACAACAAGCUGAGGCCUGACAUUGGCAUCAAGCCCACGUUCAUCGACGUGGAUAUCUACGUGAACAGCAUCGGGCCGGUGUCUGUCAUCCAGAUGGAAUACACCAUUGAUAUAUUCUUUGCUCAGACGUGGUACGACCGGCGUCUCCGUUUCAACAGCACCUUGAAGGCCCUCACGCUGAACACCAACAUGGUGAGCCGCAUCUGGAUCCCAGACACCUUUUUUAGGAACUCCAAGCGGGCUGAUUCCCACUGGAUAACCACUCCUAAUCAGCUCCUCCGCAUUUGGAACGAUGGCAAAGUGCUCUACACGCUCAGGCUGACAAUCGAGGCUGAAUGCCUGCUCCAGCUGCAGAAUUUCCCAAUGGACACUCACUCCUGCCCUUUGGUUUUCUCUAGUUAUGGCUACCCACGUGAGGAGAUUGUCUAUCGCUGGCGGCGCUAUUCCAUUGAGGUCUCUGACCAGCGCACCUGGAGGCUCUACCAGUUUGACUUCACGGGGCUGAGGAACACCUCGGAAGUUCUCAGGACUGGGGCAGGGGAAUACAUGGUGAUGACAGUUUCUUUUGACCUAAGUAGACGUAUGGGUUAUUUUGCCAUUCAGACCUAUAUUCCCUGCAUCCUGACUGUUGUUCUCUCCUGGGUUUCCUUCUGGAUCAAGAGAGACUCUACACCAGCCAGGACUUCUCUGGGUAUUACCACUGUGCUAACAAUGACCACUCUGAGUACCAUCUCCCGCAAGCACCUUCCCCGUGUUUCCUACAUCACAGCCAUGGACCUCUUCGUCUCCGUGUGCUUCAUCUUCGUCUUCGCAGCUCUCAUGGAGUACGCUACACUCAACUACUUGGUGGGAAACAAGAAACCACUGGAGCACAACAGCAGGAAAGCUAGGCUGCCACCUGCUGGCGCACAGGUGAUGCCAUCCUUCACUGCCAUCAACAUCAACAACAUCAUGCAUUGGCCCCCAGAGAUAGAGGAUGAUGAAGAUGAAGACCCUGGCUCCCCGUGCCUGGAAGGAAAGGAAUGUGAGAGGUUCUUCUGCUGCAUUGAGGACUGUCAGACAGGGAUGUGGCGGGAGGGGAGGGUCCGCAUUCAUAUCUCCCGCCUGGACUCCUACUCCCGUGUCUUCUUCCCCACCGCCUUCCUGCUCUUCAACAUUGUCUACUGGAUUGCAUAUCUCUAUCUCUAG